AUGGAUAUUAUGGAUUCAAUAGCAACAACGAAAUACAUAUGUAUGGGUCAUCAACCACAGCAAGGUAGCCUUUCACCAUCUAUUUACACAUUUGAUAAUCGACGUUCACCAGUAUAUUAUCAAACAGCACAUGUUGAGCCAACACAAUCAUUAAAUAUAUCAACAGCACAACGAUUUAGUUCAACAGAAUAUUUAAAUAAUAUGAAUAGUGGUAUGGUACCAUCAAUAUUUCUAUCAGCUCGUCAAACAUUUGAUAUACGUUAUACGCCAAAAGAUUGGCAUAAUGCUCAAAUGACAAAUUAUUUUGCAUCGGAUAAAAUUCGUGCUGCAUCUGAACGCUUACGUUCAGAUACAAUAGUUUUAGCACGAGAGAAAGAUAAACAAGCAUUUAAAAAUAAUGUUGAAUCAUCAAAACGCUUAGCUAAAAAUAUAAAUGAUAUUGAAUAUUGGGAAAAUGAAUUAAAAAAAAACAACGAUAAAAUGAAACAUAAAAUAAAUGAUAUUGAAUUGAAACAACGCGAAAUUGAACGAUUAUUAUCUGGAACAGAAAAACCAUUACAUACAGCACAAAAAAAUUUAUAUGAACGUGAAAAACGUCAAGGUAUCGAUCUUGUACAUGAUAAUGUUGAACAAGAACUUAUUCGAGAAGUUAAAACAAUUGAAUUAUCUCAACAAAAACUUCGACAAAUGCUCAAACGUCUUAAUAGCCAAAAUGCUCUUAAUCUUGUUUCAUUACAUGAAUUAGAACAUGAUGCAGAAGAUAAAUUUCAUGCUCAUGUACUUGAUUCAACUGCUCUUAAUAUUAAAACAACAUCAUGGGAUAUUAACUUUUAUGAGAGCAUUGAAAAUGUUGAUAACACUGUAUCGGUACCUGAAUCAUGGGCGAGAUAUACGCAAGAAAAUAUUCGUCGAUCACUUAAUCAAAUUGGUCAAUCGGAUGAAUUACUUAAUGCUAGUAACCAACUUGUGGCAACAAUAUACAAUGAUAUUUGGUCACAAUGGAAUCAUGUUAAUAUUUCACUUGAAAAUCGUCUACAAGAAGAACAACUAGCGAAAAAUAAAAUUCAAGCUCAUCUUGAAAAGAUUCUUCAAGAAAUCUCCGAUGUUGAACAAACUAUUGAAUAUUUGAAAAAAACCAUUGCUGAUCAAGAAGUAUUUUUACAAGUUGCUCAAACACGUCUAGAAACACGUAGUAGACGACCAAAUAUUGAAGCAUGUCGAGACUCUGCGAUGCACAGAUUAAUUCAAGAAGUUGAUGAUUUACAUGCUGCUAUUGAUGAACUUCAUAGUAAAUUAUGUCAAGAAGAAAAUGCUGUACAACUUUUAUUACGUACUAAAUCAAUCUUAGAACAAGAUUUAAUAAUUAAAAAUAAUUCAUUAUUUAUUGAUUCUGAGAAAGUUAUGAGUAUUCGACGUAAAUUCAUGAUGGAUGCAUCUGAAAAAAGUUUCGUUACUUCAAUACCAUUUUCUCAACCACAUGAUCUUAUUACUGUUUGA